AUGGGCAAAGCCGCCAAAUCGCAUGGCGCUGGCGCUGGCGCUGGAGGGCCCCGGGCUGCUUCCACCCACAGGAAUCACAACGAGGAAGAUGUCGGGUUACUAUCCGGCGGUGGCCCCGAUCUGCUCGAUGACGAUGGGUACGACGGCGAAGACUCUACAAUAACAGGAAACGGGACGGGGGCGGGGGCGGGGACGGGGACAGGGACAGCAGCAGGAGAACAACGAGAAGGCAGCAACAGUCCUCCUUCAGACCCAGGACCAGGACAAGGACCAGGACCAGGACACAUCAAACUCCCCCGACGACAAUCCGCCCUCUCGGACCCUCGAACCCCACGGACCCCUCGCACUCCGAACCGCGUGCGCUUCGACCUACGUCCUACCACCUUUGGCGACAACAGCCCUAAAGCAGCAGCAGCAGCAGCAGCAGGCGCCCCAGAAGACCACCACCACCACGCCCGCGACUCCUUCGAUUCCUACUUCGACAUAGACGACUCGGAUCAGCAGCCACUCACCUCCUCCGACUACCACCGCCAAGGGCGCGUCCCGCUCCUAACGGGGAUCGAAGCACCCUCCGUCACCGUCGCCAACAACGGUCCCUGGGGCUCAGACGAAGACGUAGCCUCAUGGGCCGAAACAGAGCGGUCCAGACCCAAAUCCGGCUUGCGCAUGGCCUUUAUGAACAUGGCCAACUCCAUCAUCGGUGCGGGCAUAAUCGGGCAGCCGUACGCGUUUAAGCAGGCGGGGUUGUUGUCCGGGUUGGUGUUGCUAGUGGGGCUGACGGUCGUGGUGGACUGGACGAUUAGACUCAUAGUGAUUAACUCGAAGUUAUCCGGGGCGAAUUCUUUCCAGGGAACCGUGGAGAAGUGUUUUGGACGGAGUGGGUUGAUAGCGAUAUCCGUGGCGCAGUGGGCGUUUGCGUUUGGUGGAAUGGUUGCGUUUGGGGUGAUUGUGGGCGAUUCGAUACCGAAUGUGUUGAGGGCGAUUUGGCCGGAACUAAAAGAGGAGGGGGUCAAGGGGACACUGGUGGGGUGGUUGGUGGGGAGGCAGGGGGUUAUUUUGGUUUGUACGUUGGGGGUUAGUUAUCCGUUGGCGUUGUAUAGGGAUAUUGCUAUGCUAGCAAAAGCGAGUACCCUCGCUCUGGUCAGCAUGGCCGUGAUCUUGGUCACGGUCCUGGUACAAGGCGGAUUAGCUCCAGCAGCAGACAGAGGGACGUUGGCAAGCUGGAAUUUGCUCGUCAUCAACGAUGGCAUAUUCCAAGCUAUAGGAGUGAUAUCCUUUGCCUUCGUCUGCCACCACAACUCCCUCCUAAUCUACGGCUCCCUCAAAACCCCCACCAUCGACCGCUUCUCCCUCGUCACCCACAUCUCCACCGGCGUCUCCAUGAUCGCCUGUCUCCUCAUGGCCCUCGUCGGCUUCCUGACUUUCGGCGACCGCACCCUCGGAAACGUCCUCAACAACUUCCCCGCCGACAACACCAUGGUCAACGUCGCCCGCCUCUGCUUCGGGUUGAACAUGCUCACCACUUUGCCUUUGGAAGCCUUUGUCUGUCGGGAGGUCAUGCUCAACUACUGGUUCCCCGGGGAUCCGUUCAACAUGAACCUGCACCUGCUGUUCACCUCUAGUUUAGUAGUCAGCGCCAUGGUGUUGAGCAUGAUUACUUGUGAUUUGGGAACGGUGUUUGAGCUGGUUGGCGCUACUAGUGCGGCGGCUAUGGCAUAUAUUCUGCCGCCGUUGUGUUAUUUGAAACUGACCAAGGAGACGGGAGGGUGGAAGAGGGCGGGGGCCUGGGCUACGGCGGCGUUUGGCACGCUGGUUAUGGGAAUUAAAAUCACAAUGCACGGAUCCAGCUGCCCCAAGUGCGGUGCCGCCUCUGACGGUUCCUCCAAGUCCUGCGGUUCUUGCGGUGCUUCCUGCCCCAACUAA